CCAAUUUCUGAGGUACCCGACUUGAGGGGGUCGCAGGCUGACAGCGAAGGAGAGUCUGGCCUGUCCCAGUUGUCCCUUUGUCCAUGUUGCCCAAGCCCCACUGACGAUGGAUGAGAGGGAGGACAGCGAUGCUGAAGCUUGGCUGCAGCUGAAGCCUGUGGAGCCCCUACCCUCCCAGUGCUGCGGGAGUGGCUGCUCGCCCUGUGUGUUUGACCUCUAUUACCGAGACCUGGAAAGAUGGGAAGCAGCCCGAGCCAGAAAUGACCGGAGCCUGCUGAGUGGAAAGCAGUCAUCCGAGACCCAGGACUGCUCCACCAAGCUGAGUCCAGAGACCUUCCUGGCCUUCCACAUCAGUGCCAUAGAGAAACUCACCAAGGACACCUACCAUGUCCGGUUUACACUGCCUGGGAGCAAUCAACUCGGCCUGCAUCCUGGGCAGCACCUCAUCCUACGAGGUACAGCAGAUGGCUUAGAAAUUCAGAGAGCCUAUACUCCCAUCAGCCCUGUCACUGCGGAAGGAUACUUUGAUGUUUUAAUCAAGUGCUAUCAGACUGGGCUGAUGUCCCGGUACGUGGAGUCCUGGAGAAUAGGAGACACAGCUUUCUGGAGAGGGCCUUUCGGAAGCUUCUUGUAUGAACCAAACAAGUAUGGUGAACUCCUCAUGCUGGCAGCUGGCACAGGCCUGGCCCCUAUGGUGCCCAUCCUGCAGAGCAUCACAGACAAUGCAGAUGACGAGACCUUCGUCACCUUGGUUGGCUGCUUCAAGACCUUCGAGGCCAUCUACCUGAAGACCUUCCUCCAGGAGCAGGCCAGGUUCUGGAACGUGCGAACCUUCUUUGUCCUCAGUCAGGAGGUCUCCCCAGAGCAGCUUCCCUGGAGCUACCGUGAGAAGACCCGCUUUGGCCGCCUGGGCCAGGAACUGCUUGAUGAGCUAGUGGCCCACUGCCGGAGAAAGCCGUUUACAUUAGUCUGUGGCUCACCUGAAUUUACUGAGGACAUGGCUCGGUGUCUGCUGGCUGCUGGCCUGACUAAGGAUUCCUACUUCCUCUUCUAGCCCUGGC